AUGAAUACGCAAUUCGAAGGGUUUGAGCCCAUCCAUACUAUAUUUUUCUCCAUAUUCCAUCCUACAGAGGGUUCAAAAGUCUGCUAUCAGUUUCCUCCUGAAAAUUUACAGGCUUACAACAUCAACUUUGAUUCAAUCAAAAAUUUUGUUAUUCCUAAACCCCAGCUAUGUCAUAGGCUGCUCACUUUGGAGUACAAGAAUUACAGACUGGUUUCAUACCCUGUCAAUGUGAGCUCAUCGUCCUACGCUAGGAAUUUUUUUAGUUUCAAUUUUGUAUUUAUAUUCUCCUAUGAUUGCCAAACUUUACCUUACGAGCCUGCCAUCGAAAGGCUGGGAAAAAUGUUCAAAACUUUAGAGGAACAAAGUCAAAUACUAUCAAAGUCUCAGCGAACGUCUGCUUUUUUUAAAGAUGGUGAGGAUGUGGAUUUUGUCGAUACAAAAUUUUCCAUUCAAGAUUUAUUGAUGAGAUUAUAUCAGGAUUUGAAUAACUAUUCUGAAUGUUUGAUACCCAUAGAUGAAGGUAACGAAAUUAACAUUAAGAUAUUCCCUGUAUUGAAGCCGCCAACUUCUGUUCAAAUAUCAAUUGAAGAUGUCCCACUUUCAAUUGUUAACCUGGACAAGAUCGUCGAUUUAAAUUGGGAUCCAACUAUGCUAAGUAUAUUACCUUUCAUUGAUGGUGUCAAUAGCAUUACAAACAUUUCUCAUCUAAGUGAUAGUGAUCCAAAUCUUGUAAUAGAGUGCAUUAAACAUUUGAUAUACUACAACUGCGUUAUAAUAACUGACAUAUUCCAAUUUUCAAAUAUAUAUGCUCCAAGUAGCCUUAUCAACAAUUUCCUGAGAGAUCCGAUGAUUGCAUUUAAUUGUCAGUCGUAUGUCGUUUUACCACCAGGAUCAAAGAUAAAUGAUUUACCAUUAGCAAGUGAGCAAGAUGACGAGAUCAACAAUUCAGAUAUGACACAAAAAGCACUCUCAUCAAGUAGAUCUUCUUUCUCGUCGUAUUUCUCACAUAAAAGUGCAUAUGCCCGUGUCUCUGAGACUGCACAUCAUCAUCAGUCGACGAGCACACUCUCUUCAAGUGAAGGUCAGCAAGACAACCCACGCCAAGGCCAGGUUUUACCUUCCAAAUGCACUCUGUUUGAUCUUUACAGAUCGUUAAAUUAUGGUUGCACCGUUGAAGCAUGGUAUAAACAAAACUUUUCUACUAUUAAGGAAAACCACAUUGACGUGAGAAAGUUUAUAAAAUUUGGUGUUAUAAACAAGAUAAUAUAUCGAGUUCAUCAAUAUCCAAUAAUGGAGCAUAAGACGUUUAAAUCUCCAUUAUUAUCUGAUAGACAGAAUGAUAAGAUUGUCUUAUCAACGUCGGAUAUCAAAUUUGAUGUCGGUGAUAGAAUUUUGAACUCGAUUUAUAAUAAAUUAUCAAAAGUAACGUUUGAUAGAGAUAAAAAACUGGAAAGUAAAAUAGGUAAUAGCCGUAACCUAGGUGAAAGUGAAAAAAAUAUAUUGUUUAAUGCUUUAGAAAGACAUGAAUCAUUUGAUAGAAUUUGCUCCAAGUUGGGCAAGUCAAAAAAUGAAGUGGAAUCAAUAAUAAGUGAGAUUGGUGAAUAUAUGACAAUAAACUCAUGA